UAUGAUACACAGUCGCAUGACGAUUUGGCCAGACUGCAACAUACUUUGAACUCGACUGCAACGAACAUUUUCUCUACAACUGAAAUCGCUCAUGGCUGCAGCUGCUGUUUCUGACGACUCGCAGCAUGUCUACAAGAUAGUCGUUAUUGGUGAAUCAAAGGUGGGCAAAUCGAGCAUCGUCCAGCGCUACGUGAGAGGAGUUUUCUCAACAAAUUACAAAUCAACGUUGCGUGUAGACUUUGCUAUCAAGACGUUAGACAUCGACUCUCAUACAAAAGUAGUUGUGCAAUUGUGGGAUCUAGCAGGACAAGAUAGAAACCCAGCAUUGUUACGGUGUUACGUAAAAGAUGCUGCAGGAGCAUUGGUAGUAUUUGAUGUCACUGAACCACAAUCAUUCAAGCAAGUUCAAGCAUGGAAGAAAAGUCUCGAUGCUUUAAUCCAACUCCCUGAUGACACAUCAAUCCCAUGUGUUCUAUUAGCAAACAAAUGUGACCAGCCAAAAAGUGGCAUCAUCAAUUGCACAGAAGAAAUGGAUGUAUACUGUAAUGAUAACGGGUUUGAGAGGUGGUUUGAGACAUCAGCGAAAGAUGACUUUAACAUCAGUGAAGCAUUCCAAUUUUUAGUCAGGAAGAUCAUGGACUACAAAAACUUGCACUUGUCCGACUGGAGUAUCAUAAGAGAAGAAGAAAUUCGACUAAUUCCAAACACAAUUGAUGAGUUUACAAUUAGAAGCCGACGUUGCUAAUUUUCAACAAUGUAUCAUGGAUGACUAUUGAUUUAGAUAUAUGUGCUUUAGUAUGUAUAGCUGUUAUUGCCAACAAUGUAUCAUGGAUGACUAUUGAUUUAGAUAUGGUUUUAGUAUGUAAUAAUUAUUAUUGCCAAUGUUUCUUGCUAUAUAAGUAUAAUGUAGAUAGUCCUGUUUUGAUUACUUAUAAAUAUAAAUAUCUUUUUUUUACUAAAG